GUGGAUUUAUCCCACGUUUUACGCUCUUUACUCCUUCUCCACUUAGGUGCUCGUCGGCGGCCACAGCGGCGACGGCGAAAACAUAACUGGCUUCCUAUAAUCAAGUUUCUAUCGGCAUGGAGGACGAACGUCAGCAGCAGAUGGACGAUUGGGCCGCGAGCAGGAAGAACAGGUUGCCCUCGUUCACGGAGGUGUUGUCGAGGAGGACACGACCGCCGGUGGAUUUGUUUAUGUUUUACCUUUUCCUGCAACGUGAAGGCGCAGAGGACAUUCUCGAUUUCUGGCUCGAUGUACAACAGCAUGAAAACCUCUGCCGCGCCUACUUCAAGGACGUUCGGAAAUCAGGUCGUACCAUCAAAGACGAUUGGCCCCAAUACUGGGACUAUGCUCGUCGCCGCGGUUCGGUCUACGGCACCGUCGUCGGUCUCGCACCAGGUCCCAAUGGCACCAAACGGAGCACGGCAUCCACGAACGACAUGCUCGCAGAGCACGAGCGACAGAUGCUCGCGGAUGAGAAGACCGGUGGCACUAGUGGUUAUGGUGGAGGGGCGCGCAGUCCGUCUCCAGAUCCUCGACUUAUGUCACCAAAUGCGGCGACCAUGGUUGGCAGCGAGCAGGACCCUCCGAGGAGCACGACGCCAUUCUCACUGACCCGCCGCACGCCCACAUUCUUCCACAAACGCGCCUCUCGAGCACCCACCAUCAUCCCCCGCUCUGCCGCUAUCACCCGUCUCGACCUCAUCCAAUCCGCGGAACGCAUCUUUCUUCGCUAUCUCUCCCCCGCCGGCGCAUCACCCGGCGCGAAUGAUUCACACGAGAUCUAUCUCCCGCCUUCUCUCCGCAUCCACUCUUUCCCGCUCAGCUCGACCCAGGAGCCCCGAGGACCGACGGAGCAGGCGUUGAUGGCUCAGGUUCCGGAUAUGUUCCAUGCGCAGAAAGAGUAUUGUUUUAGGGCGAUGGAGCAGGAUGCGUUCCCGAGGUUCUUGAGGGCAAAGGCGUUUGGCAAUCUGACGCCUGUUAGUGCGCUGGUGAGGUUGGUUGCGGGUUUGAUAAUAUUGUGGAUUGCGUUGGCCGUCGCGUUUUCGUUGGUCUUUUUGGACGUCAAGCCGAAAGCGAAGCGGUUCUUCCUCUUUAUCCCAUUCACGUUCGCCAUCCUCUUCCUCAUCUCGCACCAAUACGAGCUCGAUCCCAUCCUCGUUUUCUUCGGCCAGUCGGAGACGACGCCGUUCCGGACGCUUACUAUCCGGGAGGAGUAUGUCAAGAAGCUACUCAUCGGAAGGGCGGUCUGGGUAUCGAUACUUGUGGCGGCUUGUGUGACGGCGUUGACGCUGUUGUUCUGGGCUGUUCCAGGCCAUCGUCUGUAGGGUCUUCGCAUCCUGCAGGUGUGUGUUUGAAUCCACCAUCUCUACACCCUGAUAGGCGCAGCAACCAUUGAGUGUGUUUGCUCGCCUCAUCUUGCCUGGGCGGUCCCCCAUGCCGUCACUCUCUAUGCCACUCCAUCAUUGAUUCUGUUUGGGACUUUCGUACCGUUGCCUCUCCUCGCCUCUCCUCCAGAAUACCCCUUCCAUACCCCCGUCCUCGUCCGUCCUCCUCUGCGCUGCCCCCUCUUCAAGCCUCUCCGAUCACGUACUAGUUACCCGGUGUACAUAUCCCUGCUCACACCCCCGUCGCUCAUUUGAUUGAUACAGUUUUCCUUCGGCCAUACAUACAUUCACGCCGACGCGUCUAGUCCGCUGGUCAGCUACCUGUUACUUUUUAGUUGUUUGAUUUAUCUUAUUAUGGAUGAUCUCGAUCUCGAUUUUUUGGUUCGUUCUUCUUGAUGUUGACAAUCGAUAUUUGUGGCUACGUUGUGCUAUUUUUCGUUAUGCGACACUUUCUGUCUGAUAUCUUGGUUCUUGGUUCAAGUUCUUGGUUGACCCGAUCGUGUCGGUGGGUGGCUCCGGGUUCACAGGCGGGGUGGAAGUGAAUGUGGGUGUGACGGGUGGGCUAGGUUAGUGGUGGCCCGUCUAGAGAUGGUCGUUUUUAUCUAUAGACUGGGCCUGAGGCUGGAUACCGUGUUGAUGGUUGAGAGCUCCGAGAUAUACAGAUGUAAUGGUCAGUGUUGAAGAUGGUGCAGCGGGUGCCUCAGCCCAACA